AUGCGGGCCCUUGACGCGUGCAGAUACCGGGAGUGCCUGAGCACUUUGCAUUUUGAAGAUGCCACCUGUCUGGACUGCUUCCGCUUGGACCACAUCGCCAUCCAGGACCUGUGCGAGCAGGUCAGGGCGAGCCUCUGCAGCCAGGUGGCCAGCCCCCAACCCAUCCCCAUCUUACUGCAUAUCCUCAUUUCCCUACGAUUCCUGGCAACCGGCUCCCUCCAGGGCAUGGUGGCCGAGGUCCUGGAGGUCUCCCAGUCAUCGGCCACCCACUGCCUCCACUCCUUCUUGGACGCUAUGCCUCAGCACCUCCAGCAGCAUGUGUGGUUCCCAAGAGGCGAGGAGGAGCUGCGGACUGCCGGAGUUGGCUUCGCGUCGGUCGUAGGGUUCCCCAAUGUCGUGGGGGCUGUCGACUGCAUGCAUGUCACCCUGGUUGCCCCGCGGGAGGAUCCCAUGGUGUACCGGAAAAGGAACCACUUCUACAGCUUCAGCGUGCAGACAUCCUGCGACCACCGGGGAGUCUUCACAGAUCUGGUGGCGAAGUUCCCAGGAAGUGUGCAUGAUGCCCAGAUCUUCAUGUCCUCGGGCUUCAACCACCUCCUGGCAGCCAGGCCGGAUGGCCAGGGGUGGUUGCUAGGUAAGGCCACCAGCCGGCAGCGUGGGGCACCCCUCCCAUCCCCUGUCCUUACCUUCCUGUCCUCCACAGGUGACCGAGGGUACUCGCUACUGCCCUACCUGCUGACGCCAUACCAGGAGGACGCGCCCGAGGACUGGGCAGAGUACUACCAGGUGUACAGGGCCACUUGCAUGGACAUCGAUUGUGCCUUUGGGCAGCUGAAGAUGAGGUUCUGCUGCUUGCAGCACAUUGACGGCCAACACAGAAUGCAGCCCCUUCCUGUGGCUAAGCUGGUGGCUGUCUGUGUCAUGCUGCACAACAUCACCGCCCGGCAAUGCCUGCCGGCUCCCCAGGACCUUCCCCUCCCAAACCCUGGGUCGCCGAUGUGGGAGAAUGUGGAGGCGGCGGCACAGGCCACCGCCCAGCAGGACUUUGGGGGGCACUUGAAUCAGGAGUGUGUGCGAGCUCACAUCUGGGCCACUGGGCGUGCAGCGAGGGCACCCAGGGAGGAGAGCGUGCCGUGA